AUGUCCCACGGGCGUCUUCUAAGGUUUGUCGAGGAUCGUAUGAUGGAUGCAAGUAUGGGCAUUGAGCUGCCGAUGAUGAAGAUGGAUCCAUCGCGGGCUUGGAUGCACGAGCAGCCGAUGAUUCCGUUCGCCGAGCUGAAGAUACCAAAGGCCUGCGACUACGUCAGCAAAAAGUCAUUCGGCCGAUUUGUCUGCGAGCGGUGCAGCCGGUCGUACAUGAGGAAGGACUCGCUGCAACGCCACAUGCAGUGGGAGUGCGGCAAGGAGCCGCAGUUCCAAUGCCCGUUUUGCCCGCAACGUUGCAAGCGCAAAGCUCACUGGCAGCGCCACAUACGUCGCCAGCACACCGAGGACCUGAGCAUCACCGGCCUCAAAUGGGCGGAGACCUGGCAGCGGUGGAGCGUGCCGUCGAUCAUGUGGCGGUCCGGAGUCGGCUUCGGCAAGGGCCUCGGGUCCGGCUCGUCGAAUCCCGAGGGCUUCAACUGUCCGGCCUGCGGCAGAGUCUACAAGCUCAAGAGCAGCCUGAGGAACCAUCAGAAGUGGGAGUGCGGCAAGGAGCCGCAGUUCCAGUGUCCCCACUGCGUCUACAGGGCGAAGCAGAAGAUGCACAUCGCGCGGCAUAUGGAACGGAUGCACAAGGAGCAGAUCUACAAGCAGGAGCUCGUGUAA